CUGCCUUUUCUUUACCCCCACUCUCCCUCCCUCUGUCCCUCUCUCUCUCUCUCUCUCUCUCUCUCUCUUCAAUGGCAGCGCAGGCCGCCGCAACGGUGUCUAGGGUUAGCCCAGACGCGGUGGAAAGAGCGGUGAGCGCCCUCCUCAAGUGGAGAACAGCCCAUUCCGCGAACCAAAAGCCACAUCUGUUCGACCAAGAUGACGAUUUCGUCUACCUCGUUUUAACCCAAAAGAAAAUCCCCCAAAAAUCCCGCAUCAACGCCCACAAAAUCCCCCUCCCCCACGCUCUCCAAGACGGCGCCUCCUCCGAGCUAUGCCUCAUCAUCGACGACCGGCCGAAGUCCUCCAAGCUCACCUCUGACAUGGCCAAGAAGAAAAUCAAGUCUGAGAACAUCCCGAUCGCGAAGGUCCUGAAGCUCUCCAAGCUGAAGUCUGAUUACAAGCCCUUCGAAGCGAAGCGCAAGCUCUGCGACUCGUACGACAUGUUCUUCGCCGACAAGCGCGUGAUUCCUCUGCUCCCGAAGCUUCUCGGCAAGCAAUUCUUCAAGAAGAAGAAGAUUCCGGUGCCGGUGGAUUUGACGCACAAUAACUGGAAGGAGCAGAUCGAGAGGGCGUGCUCUUCGGCGCUGCUUUAUGUCGCGAAGGGGACGUGUAGCGUCGUGAGGGUCGCGAAGCCGUCUAUGGAGAGCGGGGACAUCGUGGAGAAUGUGGUGGCUGCCAUUGACAGAAUUGUGGAGGUUAUUCCGAAGAAGUGGGCAGGCUUGAGAUCGCUCCAUUUGAAGUUCUUGGAGUCUCUGGCCUUACCCAUCUACCAGGCCCUGCCGGAUGCGAAAUUGAAGAUUGAAGGAAGGAAUACUGACAAUGGCAGCGAUGAAGGCAUCAAAGAAGCGAGUGAGGGACAUGGAAAAUUGAUCCAGAAAAAGGUUGCUUCAAAGAAGGGCAGGAUUCAUGAAGUUCGAUACAUGGACGACGAAGUGGGUGGCCAAGAAGAUGAACUGGCCACUGAAGACGACGACAAUGAGGCCGAGAAGAUUGGGAAUGGAGAUUCAAUGGCUGAGCAGGUCCCCAGUCUGAAAGCCGAGAAGAAGUCGAGGAAAUUAGGUGGCAAGGCAGGAGAAGGGGAAGAAGGAGAUAAAUCUGAAGGAAAGAAAGUUAAGAAGAAAAAGAGAGGAGAUGAGAAGCUCAAGGACAAGAAAAGGAGUAAGAAGGCGAAAGAGCAAUCGGGCCUGUGAUUAUUUAUUCCUUUUGAAUGAAUGCUCUUUGAAGCCAAGAAGAAGAAGAAGAAGAAGAAGAGGAAGGAGGUCUUAGAUGGUGAAGGUUCAGCCGUUUCUGUUAGCUCUAUUGCUUUUGUAGUGUUUAUUUAUAGUUGCAGUGUCAUUCAUAUGUUGUCUGGAGUUCAAAAGUUUUGUUGAUCCCCUGUUUGUGGUUAGCCUCAAGUUGGGGCUGAGUUGAGUUAUAUUUAAAAAAUUUCAACUUUGAUUAACCCUUUA